CAUAAACCCGCAUGCCAACAACACAGAGUACGUGACGGUUGUGGAAGGUGGAAGAGUUAUCUUGCCUUGUACAUUAGAUUUUCUCGGUGACCAAUCGGUGAUCUGGGUCAACCCCCGAAAGACACUGAUCAGCCUUGCAGAUCGACGGAUGAUAGACGAUCACCGAAUCAGCGUGGAGCGUCCCUACGUCAAGAUCUGGAACCUACUCAUCCGAGACGUGCGACACAACGACAGUGGCGCCUAUGAGUGUCGGGUGAACACGUCGCCCAUACAGAUAAAGGGGGUUACACUAGAAGUGCAAGUUCCCCCUGCAAUACUCAGCCAACAGUCUUCUGAUAAAAUAGUACUAGAGGAAGGACACGCGGCUACACUUGUCUGUCAUGUGAUAGGUAUACCUACGCCGAAUGUCACAUGGUACAGGAGACACUACAGAACUAUUGGAGCCCUCAAAGAGAGAAUCGGGCUGGAAGGUCAGGUUCUGAUCAUCCACAACAUCAGUCGGCAGUGCGAUGACAUCUACGAGUGCUACGCAGACAAUGGUGUACCCCCUGCUGUUAGCAAGGCUAUACGGGUUAUUGUGGACUAUGCUCCUGAAGUAAUUUUGCCAAAUCCAAAAGGCAUAGGACAGCAGCUUGGCAAAGAGACCAUUCUUGAAUGCCAGAUAUUUGCGCAUCCCCAAGCCAUGACAAGAUGGACUAAAAAUGGAAAAGCACUAUAUAAAAAUGAUAAAUACGACAUCGAUAUUUUCAAGAACGACGCAGAAAACUCGGUGACGCUAGCACUACGCAUCCUCAAUCUAACGUCAUCAGAUUACGGACAUUAUGAAUGUAUGGGGUCCAACUUUCUAGGAGAAGACAGUCAAACGAUGCUUUUAUAUGAAAUAAAGCCUCCAGCAACAACAGCAAAGACAACAACAACAACACAAAAACUGCAUUCGACUUUCCUUAAUCAAGAGGAAACCAACUAUAAUGUUGAAUCUUUCAAAAGCAACGGACAUUUUGGAGCUGACGGGGUUAAUGAUGAACAUCGAGGCGAGAAUAUAGAAGGUAAU